GUCCUGCACACAGAGACUGGACUGGACCUGAAUCCACAGACAUGAAGACCACAGUGAUGUUUUUGAUGUUUUGUCUUGUGGCCAUCACUGUUCUACCCGUGGAGAGAGUUAAAGGGAAAAUUCCCCUGAGUAUGAUGGAGCAAUCGGUUGACGACAUGUACGACGGCUGCAGCGAGGCGACGGCUGAAAAGGUCAAGAAUGAAUACUUCCCCAGAGAGAUGAAUAAUAAUAAGUUAUUCAAAGAUGCGUGGAAGGAUAAAGAGUCCUGUGCAGAAAUAAAAUAUAACACAAGAGACAACACUGCACUGACCAAAGACCAGAUCCAUGCUUUGUGCAUCUACACUGGGGAUGUCCCUAAGGUCUAUCAACCCUUUAAUAAAGCAGUUCGAGAGAGUGCAGCCUAUUAUAAAACUAACAGCUUCAAAUACCACGCUUUACACUACUGGCUGACUACUGCUUUACAGACACUUAACAUUGCCAAAACGUGUUAUACCACCUACCACAGAAGCAAACAAACAUUUACAGGUCAACUCAACCAAGUCAUCCGAUUCGGUUAUUUUACCUCCACUUCAACCAAUCCCAAUCUGGUACACUUCGGUACACAGACUUGCUUUCACAUUGAAACCUGCUUAGGCGCGCCCAUCAAAAAAUAUUCGGUAAAUAGAAAUGAGGAUGAGGUGCUAAUCCCUCCCUAUGAGACGUUCAAGAUCACUCAUAUUGAGGAGGGUAGCGAUCCGAAGUACUGUAAACAGAUCUUUGUUCUGAAGAACGCAGGGAGCGAGAGUAAACUCAACUGCGCGACGGCUCCACCAAAGCCACCAAAGCAAGGCUGCUACAAAGCCAUAAAAGCCAUGAUUGGUAAGGCAUUUUCUGGGUGCUCGUGAAGUGACAGAGUAUGUGAAUGAAUCGGCUCAUUUCAACAGUUCCUUACUGUGAACAGCUGGAACCGGAUCUAAUUUUUUAAAAGAACCAAAUCUUUUUCUUUUUAAUUUGAAUGCAUUUUUACACUGCGGAUGUUUGAAGUGUGAAUAUCUGUUUGACCAAACACACUGUUCCUUAUACCUCCAGAUCUCACUGUCUCUUUUAGUCGUCUCCAGGUCCUGCUCAGUCUAGCAGCUUUAUCUCAAAUGUGGUUGUGGGCAGAGUUUAGGUGUUUAGUUCCACUUAAACUGUCCUCACUGAAUUCAUACAAUGUAAGAGCAGCUUGCACAUAU